CAUCUUCCAGACUUCCACAGCCCCAAACAAGUAUAAUCCAAGUCAAACUCACAAAAUAUAUCAGCAAAUCCAUGGAGCCUCCCCUUCACUCCAUUAGAUCCAUGCGUCGCACCAUAUUCAACCGUAUCUUUGCUGUUAUUUACUCUAUUGCUCUUCUAUUACUACUAUUUCAUCAUGCCCUCAAUCUCUUCUCCUCCACUUCCAUACUCUCUUUCUUCAUAUCCAUUUCCAUGUUCAUCUCUGAUCUUCUUCUGGCUUUCAUGUGGCCCACGGGUCAGGGAUUUCGAAUAUGUCCCGUUACUCGCGAAGUAUUCCCAGAAAACCUUGAAAAAACUGUAGACAAGAAGGAUUUUCCGGAUUUAGACAUCUUUAUAUGCACUGCUGAUCCUUAUAAAGAACCACCUGUUAAUGUUGUUAACACAGCUUUGUCAGUUUUGGCUUAUGAUUAUCCGACAGAGAAGCUUUCGGUUUAUGUUUCUGAUGAUGGAGGCUCAGAGCUAACUCUCUUUGCUUUCAUGGAAGCUGCUAAAUUUGGAACCCAUUGGUUACCUUUUUGCAGGGAGAACGAGGUCCUGGACAGGUGUCCGGAGGCAUAUUUUAGAUCAAAGUAUACCCCCAACUCUGAAACUGAGAAAAUUAAGAUAAUGUAUGAGCAGAUGAAGAAAAGAAUAGAAAAUGUGGUCGACAGUGGAAAGGUUUCUGAAUACAUUACAAGCGAGGAAGAGCCUGAAGCUUUUAGCAAAUGGAAUAAAGAAUUCACUCGUCAGGAUCAUCCUGCAGUGAUUCAGGUUUUGCUUGAAAGCUGCAAGGAUAAAGAUGUAACAGGCUUCCCAAUGCCAAAUCUCAUAUAUGUGUCUAGAGAGAAAAGCAGGACUUCUCCACAUCAAUUUAAAGCUGGAGCCCUUAAUACGCUGCUUCGUGUAUCAGCUGUUAUGACAAAUGGUCCUAUAAUUCUAAUCCAAGACUGCGACAUGAUCUCAAAUGACCCCAGAACUCCAUAUAAUGUCCUAUGCUACUUCAUGGAUGCUUCAAUUAGGCCAAAAUUGGCCUAUGUUCAAUUUCCUCAAUGUUUCAAAGGCCUAAACAAGAAUGACAUCUAUUCAUCCGAGAUGAAACGUUGGUUUCACAUCAACCCAAUGGGGAUGGAUGGAUUAUUAGGCCCUGAUAAUAUGGGGCCUGGAUGCUUUUUCACGAGAAGAGCUUUCUUUGGUGGUCCAUCAAUGUCAUUAUUUGUACAGCCAGAAUUGCCCCAGCUGAGCCCUGAUCAUGAAGUCAAUAGUUCUAUUAAGUCUAAGCAUAUUUUGGAGCUGGCUGAUCGUUUGGCAGGUUGCAAUUAUGAGAAAGGGACUAAUUGGGGUUCUAAGAUUGGAUUUAGAUAUGGUUCUUUGGUGGAAGACUAUUACACUGGUUAUCAUCUUCAUUCUCAAGGAUGGAUAUCAAUAUUUUGCCAGCCAAAGAGGCCAGCAUUUUUGGGAGAUAUACCAAUUACCCUACUCGAUGUAAUAAACCAACAAAUCCGGUGGGGUGUUGGCCUUCUUGAGGUUGCAUUCUCCAGAUACAGUCCAAUAACUUUUGGCAUGCAAGCUUUGGGGCCCUUGAUGAGUCUUUGUUAUGCAAAUUAUGCUUUUAAUUCCAUUUGGUCAAUUCCGAUCACCACAUAUUCCUAUCUUCCUCAGCUCAUUCUUCUCAACAAAAUCUAUAUAUUUCCUAAGGUCUCCGAUCCAUGGUUUAUCUUGUAUGCUUUCCUAUUUCUUGGUGCAUAUGGACAAGAUUGCCUAGAAUUUAUAUUAGCCCAAGGCACACUAACAAGGUGGUGGAGUGAACAGAGGAUUUGGCUUAUUAGAGGACUCACAAAUGAAUUGUUUGGAAGCCUUGAAUACCUAAUCAAAAUCAUGGGCUUCACCACACAGGGAUUCCAUGUCACAAGCAAACUAGUAGAUGAUGAACAAAGCAAAAGAUAUGAUCGAGGGAUUUUUGAGUUUGGUGUUGCCUCACCUAUUUUUUUGCCUUUGGCAACAGCUGCAAUCAUCAAUUUAGCUGCUCUGCUUCAUGGUACCAUGCAAAUUUUGAAGGGAGGAAACUUUGAUGAAUCUUUUGUGCAGCUGUUUAUUUCUGGUUUUGGUAUGGUAAAUUGCUUGCCAGUUUUUGAAGCCAUGGUUCUGAGAACUGAUAAAGGAAGGAUGCCAAUCAAGACUACACUCAUUUCAAUCAUUUCAGCAUUGUGCCUUUAUAUAGUAGCUUCUUUCAUACUGAAGAUUUGACUUUAGUUCAAGUGGUACUGUUCUUUUGUGUCAUGCAGAAACCCAGUACUUUCUUUCAUGAGUAAUUACAGUUGAUUGGUGACUAUCUUUCUGCAGAAAGAAUCUAUACAUUUGAUUACCAACAUUAGGCUGUUUCUUUAUCAAAGAAAUUUGUGAAGUUAAAUGAAGCCAUUUCAUGUUCUGAGUGUCA